AUGGCUCUGGUAGCGCUGUCUCUCUGGGUGCUAACGAGUCUCACCUGGGGGAACCUGCUCCAGGUGUCCGCCAACAGGCAUUCCGUUUACUGGAACAGCUCCAACAUACAUCUUCGCAGGGAGGGCUACACAAUGCAGGUUAAUGUCAACGACUACCUGGACAUCUACUGCCCUCAUUACAAUGACAGCCAGCGCAUGGUGGGCACCGGUGAGCAGUACGUCCUCUACAUGGUCAGUUACCGAGGGUACAGGAACUGUGACCCCCAGCUGGGCUUCAAGAGGUGGGAAUGUAACCGACCCCACGCCCCCCACGCGCCCAUCAAGUUCUCUGAGAAGUUCCAGCGCUACAGCGCCUUCUCGCUGGGCUACGAGUUCCACGUUGGACAGGAGUACUACUACAUCUCCACGCCCACCCACCACCACGGCCGCAGCUGUCUGAGACUACGAGUGUACGUCUGUUGCUCCACGGCCUCCGAUGUGGAUGAUGAGCCAGAGCCAACAGAGCCAGACUACACGCUUAGACCAGGCCUAAAAAUUGACGAUAUUGAUGAAUUUAACCCUUUUGUUCCCAAACUGGAGAAGAGCGUCAGUGGAAGCAGCCCAUCCAGGGAUCGCCUUCUACUCACCGUGACAAUGCUCCUUCUGGCCACUCUCUUCAUCUCCUAG